CUCUGCCUUUAUGAGAUCGACAUCUUAUAGGAGCCUCCCAAGUCUCAAGUUCUCACUCACUGUAAUUGUUUUGAGAGAAAAAGAAAAUGGUGGUGAAAGUGUACGGUCCAGCCUAUGCGUCUCCCAAGAGGGUGCUUGUUUGCCUUAUUGAAAAGGGCAUUGAUUUUGAGACCGUACCUGUUGAUCUUAUCAAAGGAGAGCACAGAAACCCUGAUUUUCUCAAGUUGCAGCCUUUUGGAGCACUUCCUGUAAUUCAAGAUGGAGACUACACUUUGUAUGAGUCGCGAGCAAUCAUAAGGUAUUAUGCAGAGAAGUACAAGUCUCAGGGCACUGAUUUGCUUGGAAAGACUAUAGAAGAGAGGGGACUGGUGGACCAAUGGCUUGAAGUAGAGGCACAGAACUAUCACCCACAUGUCUACAACAUGACCCUUCACGUUUUGUUUGCAUCAGCCUUGGGGUUUACUCCAGAUAAGAAGCUCAUCAAAGAGAGUGAAGAAAAAAUAGCAAAGGUGCUGGACAUUUAUGAAGAGAGGCUCUCAAAGAGCAAGUACUUAGCUGGGGAUUUCUUUAGCCUUGCUGAUCUUAGUCACUUACCCUUUACCCAAUACUUAGUUGGUCCGAUGAAGAGGGAGUGUAUGAUAAAGGACAGAAAGUAUGUGAGUGCUUGGUGGGAUGAUAUCAGCAGCAGGCCAUCUUGGAAGAAGGUCCUCGAGCUCUAUCGAUCCUUCUAAGGAUCUGGCUAUGGUGUGUUUUUAUGUUUGAAUAACUGUUACCAACGAUUAGCUGGUACUCUUUCUUCUGCUUGUUUUAUGUUUUCUGCCCUUGGAGUGUACUGUUUGGCUUUUGCUGAGUAUUCAGAAAAAACAGAAAAAAAAAACAGAAAAAAAUCCUUGCGUUUCUUGCAAGUAAUGAAAUAAGUGAUUGUGUGAAAGAAUAAGUGUACGUGUAGAUAUGAUUCACUGAAUAUUCAUGGAUUGUCUACAGAGUCCAUAGUGACAUCUUGAGAAGUAA